AAAACUAAAUGAGAAAUAAAUUGUUACUCUCAUUCUGUUCCAUUUUGUUUAGAGCCAAGGGACUGAAAGAUAUGAAUGGUAAGGAAAAACACCAAUUUGAACAUCCAUGGAUUCAAACUGCUCUAAUGUUUCUUGGGGAGAUGAUUUGUUUAAUUGGUUUGUUUAUUCAUCGGAGGAAGGAAAGACUAAAAUACAAACAGAGAUUGUUACAUGACGGAAUAGAUGGAAGAUCUUACAAAGAAGCUACACAAACCAGAAAAAGUCUUCAAAGGAGGGUGUUUCAGUGGAUCUUUGCCUUUCCUGCUUUAUGUGACCUGUGUGGAACCACUUUAGCAACAAUUGGUCUGCUUUAUGUUAAAGCAUCAGUAUGGCAAAUGCUGAGAGGUUCAAUUAUAAUAUUUACUGGUUUGCUUUCUAAAAUCUUUUUGAAGAGAAAGUUGUGGCCAAUUCACUGGAUAGGAAUGAUUGUAACUGUGGUUGGCUUAGUUCUUGUUGGACUGUCAAGUGUUCUCAGAGAUAAAGAGGCAUCUCAUCCUAAAGCUGGUUUAGGUAUUGCUUUUAUUCUUAUGGGUCAGUGCGUCAGUGCCACACAGUAUAUUGUAGAAGAACGGUUCCUCAAGGAGAAGAACUUUCACCCUCUACAGGUUGUUGGAAUGGAAGGCUUUUUUGGAUUCACAGUCAUGGCUGCUGUGGUCCUUCCUGUGCUGUACUUUAUUCCAGGAAGCCAACCUCACCACAGCUACGAAAACAGCCUUGAUGCUCUGCUGAUGAUAAAAAAUGAUACGACUCUUGCGACACUUAUAGUGUUUUAUACUCUUUCUAUCGCAUUUUACAAUUUCUUUGGAUUGACCCUUACGAAGUCUCUAACAGCGGUCCACAGAACAUUGAUAGACGCCUGCAGAACAAUUGUGGUGUGGGCUGUAGAACUGUUCAUACACUAUGCCCUUCAUGAGGAUUUUGGUGAAACGUGGGAUAGAAAGUACAGCAUAUUUCAAGUUGAUGGAUUUCUUUUCCUGAUGCUUGGCACAGCUUUGUAUAACGAGCUAUUAAUUAUUCCUCCAUUGAUGCCCAAGCCUGAUGCAUCUCAACAGGAUCAAGCUUCAAAUGAGAUAGAAAAUGGCGAUGUAGACUUACCGGAGAAUGAGCCAUUUCUGAGAGGAAUUGACAAAGCAGAACCUUACACUGGUGUUAUGUGAACUGAGACCGAUUCUAUCCACAUAAUUACCCUUUGUUUCAUAAACACGUGGUUCCAAUUGGAAUGUUUUGUUUCCCUCAUUAAGAAAUACGAAUUUUGUGCAAGCCUGGCAUUGUCAGUUGAAGAGAGUAUUGCCUUGAAUUAUCUACAACAAAGCCUCAUGCAUGCUGGGGCCGAAGAUGCACCUGCCCUUAAUGAAGAUUUAACGUACGCGCUAUUUUGCAAGGCUAUUUUGUUCACGUCUCUACCAGAGCCGAGCAUAGCAUUUCAUUGUGGAUGAAAACUAAGGUUAAUCGCUCAUCUUAUUUUUUAUAACAGAAUUGUUAGAUGUCCGGCGUGUCUUUUAGAAUGCCAGUCAACUUGAUCGUAAUCAGCAGUAAAUUAUAAAAUAAAGUCGCUAAAGAAAGUGGGAAUGAAUACACCCAAAUGAUGUAUAUGAUGUUGCCUUGAGUUUAAAUUAAAAGCUAUUUUUUAAACUGUCGCAGAUUAUGUUUUUAACAAAUGAUUUAUUUUUCGACAAGUAAA